GACUCGGAAAAGAAUGGCGUAGUUGUGUGUUGAUUUGUUUUUACGUUUUGUAUAUAAUUAUUUUAUAUGUUUAAGACGUAAAUCUUCGCGAUUUAAUGAUUACAUUAAGUAAUUCGUGUUUACAGUAAUUAAUGUGAAUCGUAUACGUUGUGAAAAAGAGAAAACGGAUAGCCUAAUUUAGCUGUGUUGACUGAUAACGCUUUAUGCAAAUAAACUUAGAAGUAAUAAAUAAUGUCCGUGACUACCAUGGCUUCAAGUAAAAGUAGGGAAGACUCUGAAGAUGGGAAUAUACCGGGCAUUAGAAGUAACUCGGUAAAUGGUACGGCUAGUCCCAGCUCGUCCAUGAAAAUACCAUUGCCUCCACGUUUGUGGAUGGGAGAUUUUGAUGAUGAAUCCUCUGACGAGAAUGGUGCAAAGGAAGACGGUGCCUUCGAUAGAGUUAAAGUUCGUGCACGGUACCGUCAUCAUAAACGUGGGACCACUGUCCCCAUUGGUAUAUUUUGGGACAUUGAAAAUUGUCAGGUCCCACGAGGAUGUUCCGCCAUUGAUGUGGUGGCAGCAAUCCGGUCCAAGUUCCUUUUGGGUAGACGUGAGGCUGACUUUGUGGUUGUGUGUGACGUGAGAAAGGAAGCCGUUAAUAGGUUACAAGAACUUAAUGAUGCUCAAGUUAGUCUUAUACAUGUAUGUGGUACGCAAAAGAAUGCUGCGGAUGAGAAGUUAAGGCAGUGUAUGAGGAGGUUUGGGGAGCUCCACUCGAGCCCCGCAGCUCUACUCUUGAUCUCAGGAGAUAUUAAUUUCGCAGCUGAUCUGAGUGACUUUAGACAUAGGAAAGGUAUGGAAGUCAUAUUGGUACACAAGCAGAACACAUCAUCAGCACUGAUAACAUGUGCGUCAUCUCAUUACUGCUUCAAUGAACUAACAGCAGACUUGCCAAGAAAUCCAAAGGUAACUAAUUCUGAUGAAUAUGAGGAACCGACAUGUGAAAUGGAAGUGACAAAUUUGCCAGUGGACCAACCAAAGGAGCGUGUAUCUAGGAGGCUUAGACGUCUGUCGGAUAACUGCGGUGGAAAAGUACUAAGGGUGACUGCGUCUACGGCUAUGCUUCGGUUUCCUACACCUGAUCAUGCUUCUAGAGCUUUAAAACGUAUGGACGGCGAGGACGUGUUCGGUCGAAAGAUCGGUACGCGGUACGCCCGCAGCGCGCUCCAGCCGACAUACUCCAGCGACGAGGGGUACAGCACCGCCGCCAGCGCGCAGCGUGCGUACGCGCCGCAGCAAGCGCCAGUAGCGUGCGGUACGCAGGCGAGCGGGUCGUGGGCGUUGGCGCUGCAGGUGUUGCCUACGCCGACUCCACCCCCGCUAGACUUCUGUCCGUCGCAGGCGCCGCGCCCGCGCAAGAUCACUGGCGCGCAUGGUUCCGUGAACCUGGACCGGUCGGGAUGGUCGUCCAGCGCGGAGCACAGCCGUGCGGCGUCGCCGUGGAACUCGUCGGCCAGCUUCAGCGAGCCCGAGCCCGACCUCGACACGGCCGACCUCACCGUCACCAACCUGCCGCCCUACGAGCCGGCCGUGCUGCAGGACAUGCUCACGAAGCUAUUCAAUCAGUACGUGCCUAUUAUACGCGUGACGGUUUGGACGGCGGGGGAGGGGCCUCUGGCGACUGUCGUACUCCGCUCCGAAUGGGACGCUCGCAUCGUCAUAGCUCGCAUACACAAAAGAAGGCUGGACAACCACUGGGCUGGGAGACGCCUGGAGCUAUCCCUAGGCAGACCCAACCCAGCCCCAAACCUAGACGUCCUAAGAGCCAGGCUGAGGGCAAUUCUGCUAGACCAGAAAAACUACACCCUCCCCCUCCUGAGAUUAAGAGAUGCGUACGCCAGCCGCCACUGCUGCGCCCUAACCACUUCUGACAUCGCGAAGGUCAAGGAUACGGUGAUCAUCCACGAGGGCUUCGGAAGAAUGGUCCAGCUGAUCGACCAUACCCCAGUGAACAGCUCAGAGAUGGAGGAGGCACCGUGGAAGUGCCACAUCCAUGCCGGAGUGAGCACGGGGCACGAAGACGGCAGUAGGAUCCUGCAGCCGGUGUUCAUGGAGAUCUCGAUUUUGGCCAAGAAUGUGAAUAUGCUGCUGGAGAACCAUGGAGGCAUUUUGCCAUUGUUGAGUUUCGUUGAGUGCUACGAGUCAAUGUUCCCCGCGCUCGUGACUGACAGCCGGCACGGGGUGGCACUGGAGUUGCUCCUCCGCAGCAUCCCCGCUGUUGAGGUUAAGGACAGCCCCUCGCGACACCUGACGUGGUCUUCGCGUCCGCACACACCGCAUUUGUACCACAGCGAAACUAUCCGCUCUAAUGGUGAGCGCGAGAAGCCGCGUACUGCGCCGUCUCUGGAGCCCAUGCUGGCGCUGUUCGAGCGGGAACUGAUAGACCUGCUGCGCACCGCGCCGCGCUGCUCCAUACCGUUCAGCAAGCUUAUCCCUGCAUUCCAUCAUCAUUUCGGUCGUCAAUGCAGAGUUGCUGACUAUGGUUUCACCAAGCUACCUGAUUUGUUGGCGGCUCUCAGUACUUCCAUUGUUGUGUUAGGUUCUGGGUCGUACCGCGUGAUCACGAUUUCCGCGACCGCUCAGAACCGGCGCUGGACGUCCGAUCUCAUCAAGCUGCUGAAGGCUCAGCCCGGCCGAGCGGUCAUGUUGCAUGACGUACCACAACUCUAUCAAGCCACCUUCGGCCGCCCCUUCUCACCAGUAGAUUACGGCGUGUGCACCGUAGAGGAGCUCCUAGAGAAAGUCGCACCACAAAGCAUUAUCAUGGCCGACGGCAUGCUAUCCCUCCCCCGUCGCACCCCAACACCGGAGGAGCAAGCGAGAACGAUAGAGUUCGGCAUCCAAGCCGUCGAACUCCUGUGCUACACGCCCAAUUUAAGGAUGGAGUUCUCCCGCUUCGUGCCCGCCUAUCACUCCCACUUUGGAAGGCAACUCCGCGUCGCCCACUACGGCUGCGUUAAAUUGGUCGACCUAUUCGAGCUGAUACCCGACGCGGUGUCAGUAUACUGUGAGGCCAACGGAGAGAGAAGCGUCAGACUGACUGCCAAAGCAGCACAAGCGGUUAUGUCUCAACGGCUCAAGGCCUUAGCUCCUAUAGCCUUGUCAUUGUUAACCGCUAGAUACACCGCUCAGUUCGGGGCACCCCCGUCGCCUGAUGUUCUAGAAGUGAAGACGCUCGAAGCGAUGGUGUACGCUUGUGGAGGUUUCGUGCAGGGAGGAAUAGUGCAUAUGCCCGGGGAAUCCCCACGCUGGGCCAGCGCGGCGUUGGCUGCCUGCGCGGUCCUAUCCGCCGAUCGGAGCGUAGCUCGGGGCUCCACUGAGGAGUACUUCGUGAGCGCCUUCCGGGCUUUGGUCGGGGCGGAGCCCGAUCUGCCGGAGCUGGCCGGGGCCGGAGUCCUGGAGACAGCCGGACGCCAUGUCCGCCUGUCCAAUACUUGGCGUUGCGUGUGGCGCGUCGCUCAGAUGCUCAGCGAGCGCUCGCCCAUGUCCAGCAAGGAUAUAUUCGUGGAGUUCUCUAAGCACUACGGACCGUCCUUCCCGAAGGCUGAAUUGGGCAUAGAAGCGGUCGGCGUGUUCCUCCGUCAGUACGCGGCUAUAUUCACCGAGAACGGGGAUCAGUGGUCGCUGUGCGGCGGCGUGAUGCCGCAGCGCCGCGACCUCGUCGCCAAGUGUGUGGAGGACUACUCCGUGCACGACACACCGCCCGGACAGAAGGGUUCCCGCGUGUUCGAAUCUCCAAAGACGGGUCUAUGGUGCUCGCCGCCAGCCAGCGCGCUGCCCGCGCCCACCGCACUCCUGGCGCAGGAUAAUAAACGUCGCACUCGUCUGGCGGCGCAGUUCGACGCCGCUUAACUCAUUCCCGACCAACGAGAAGCAUUCCUCAUGCAUGUUCUAAUUCUACAGCUCCUCAACUUUUACCGUUCAGACAAAUAAGUGUCCUAUGAUUGUGAUGUCUAUAACAAUAAUGUUUUAAGAUGGUGUAUAUUUUUGUGUUGUUUCUAGGCUAAAAGAUGUAUAUCGUUGGAAAAAUGUUUCGCACCUCUGCAAAGUGAGCUCUGACCACGCAUUUAUUUGAAUUUUAUGAAUCAACUUUUAUUUGUGUAUCAAAUGUUAUUUUUUUAAUCUUUGACUAUGAAUUUGAUUCAUAAUCUUCGUAUGCAGUAUUACAUACUUAAACUACAUAUCAGAUUGUUUUGAGCUCAAAUAGUGUAACUUACGUGUAAGUUUAUUUUAUUGUUAAUAUUAUUUUUGUAUUUAUCAGAUCCGUGUGUUUUACUCUGGUAUCGUGAUUUCGGAGCUACUCAUUGGCCAGGUGUAGGAAACAUUUUUCGAAUGUUCACUAAAGUACAAUAAUAUGUAGUAGAUGUUAGUUUUUGUAUAGUGUUUUAUCCUUCGAUGUGAUCUCCGCUGAUUCUAAGUAUUUAACGUGAUCCGAUCGGCUUUAAAUGACUUAAUUGAAAAAAUAUAGUUGAAAUUCACGUACCUACUUAAUAUAACGUACGUUAAGAGGUUUUAUGUUAAGGUAUUUGGAAUCGGAUAUGUGCGAGUCGUGAAAUAUCAACAAUUCGAAUUUAUUAUUUUAGAUAACAUUUAUGGUAACUCGAAAAAUUUAUAUACAUGUGUAAAUGUUUAUAAAAUUCUUAAAUAUUUUUAGUGAGGCGACUGCACGGUCGCGAGUGGAAGUCAAUUAAAGAUGUUCAAAUGUUUUAUAAAAGUAUUCGAUGUACAAUUGUAUACAUAGCUUGUGCCUGAUUUUGCGAGGAUAGGGUUGCCAGGUCGCUUAGCCAAAAAGCCGGACAAAGGAGCCAGCUUGGCCGGACAUUUGUACAAAAAAGUCCUGCUAUACAUAGCUUGUGCCUGAUUUUACGAGGAUAGGGUUGCCUGGUCGCUUAGCCAAAAAGCCGCACAAAGAAGCCAGCUUGGCCGGACAUUUGUACAAAAAAGUCCUGCUAUCGAUUACUUAGAAUCUGAACUCUUAGUGAAGGAAUACGUUCGUAAUUUUCUGUUUUAUUAAAAACAAUUUUACAUUUCAUUAGGUGUAAAACCUAAAAAUAGUUGAUUUUCAUAUAAAAUUAUCGAUUCAAAGCUCUACAAAAGCCGGACUCCUC